AAAAAAGAAAAGAAAAGAAAGUCAAAAAAUAACAUUUUUUUUUCAUAUAGAUAAACUUCACAACAACAUAUUCAUAAAGCUGACCUUGAACGUGCUUAGUACGCUAUAUUAGUGUCUCGAACGAGCAAGGAAAAAAAACCGAGAGGGAGAGAAGGAGAGAGUAAGGAUGUAGUAUCAGAGAAGAAAGAAUAAAAUGGCAAGGACAAUAAACGAGAUGUGAGGGCGUCAGCCUUCGUCGGUGAAGGCCGAAAAAACAUUGACGGCGACCUUGUUACAACUGCUACUAUGUCUAAUUCAUAUUCUCUGGAUUAUAACAAAAAGAAAAAAAAAAAAAGAAAGAAAACGUAUGAUAUCGAAGGUGAACAAAUGUUGUAUAUUUGAUACAAAUCACUAGAGAAGAAAAGAUUGACCUUGAAACUAGGGAAAAAAGAAAUCAUUGAAAAUUUUUGAAUAAACAAUCAAGUUAUAAAGGAAAAAAAAAAGAGAGAAAUAUUUGAUAAACUUCUGUCAUGAAAAACAGUUUUAAUUCCAAGGUUCUUUUUUUUUCUUUUCUUUUUCUAUAUUGAUAAACAAGUAAGAAUACAAAAAAACAAAAAGUGACCCGAACAAAAGAAAAUACAUUUAUUCUUCUCUUUCGUUUUAUCAAUGAAAAGCAAAAAAAAAUGAGAUAAAAAUAACAAACAAUUGAUAUAUAUCAUUUUAUGUAUUUCGUUAAACCAAGAGUAAUUUCAUAUUAUAGACGUAAAUAUAUUCAAAAAGAAAAAAAAAAUCACUGUUUAACCCGAAGAAUUUCGUACUGAAUGACUUGAAAAACCUUCAUAUAUCAAUCUAAUUUUUAUUUUUAGUAAACUGAUAAAUAGUACAUAACAAUAACAAUGUAUUGAAACAUAAUCAAAGAACAUUCUUUCGUAUAGAAUUAAAACUAAAUCUAAAAUCUUGAAUAUUUAUUCAUUCAAGUUAUCACCAGAGUUAACUAUUCGAUUGGACAAUGAUGGUGUUCUACUCUAUCACAAGAUAGAAAUGUUGGUCCUGUAUUAAUCUAACUUUUUUUUUUUUUUGUUUACAAUAAUUCGUACUUUCAUUUAUGAUAUUUGAUACGUGUUGAGAAUGAGAUUUGUGAGAACCUUCUCUCAUUCUAACUACUAAAUUAAUAUGUAAUAUGAAAAUAAAUAUUUCUGUUGUCCUGCAUGACAGAACAAGACAGAUUCUGGUUUUUAUCGAAGAAGUAACAUGUCAAAGUACAAUCACGCAAACAAUAUGUAACUGCGUAUAUAAAAAUCUCAUAUCUUAUCAAAGUAGAACACACUUAAGAAGUCAAUUGCAAUGAAUAAUGAUUAGAGCGAAAUGACCCUUCGAGAAGGUUAAAAUAUGUUCUAUCCUAUUAACAAAUAAUUAUAGUCUCAGAUGAUAAUCAUAAUUCUAUUCAUGAUGAAAUAAAUUCAAUGAAUGCAACAAUAACAACAUCUAAUCAAAAUCAUUUAACAGCAGCUGCUAAUAGUCUUUUAAGUCUUUCAAAUUCAUUAAUCAUUAAUACUGAUGAUCAUAAUGAAUGUCAGUCGAAUAUUUCAAUAGGUGAUGGAACAACAACAUCAACAACAAAUGGUGAUUUAUCAUUAUUAUGUUGUGUUUGUCAAGAUCGUGCAUCUGGUAGACAUUAUGGUGUACUUUCUUGUGAAGGUUGUAAAGGUUUUUUUAAACGAAGUAUACGUAAACAAGUAUUAUAUACAUGUUUAAGUACAAAAGAUUGUCCAAUAAAUAAAUUUAUGCGAAAUCGAUGUCAAUAUUGUCGAUUACAGAAAUGUCUUCAAGUAGGAAUGCGUGUUGAAGCUGUUCAAAAUGAACGACGACCAUAUACAAAUAAACAUGAAUUAAUUACAAAUGGAAAUAAUAAUAAUAAUAACAAUAAUAAUAAUAAUAAUAAUAAUAAUCAUAAUAAUAAUAAUCAACGAAUACGAAAACAAAGUGAAAAUCAUUUAUUAAAUUCAUCGUCAAAUAAUAUACAAUUAUUUUUUAAUAAUAAACAAGAUGAUCCAAUACAACGAGUCAAUGAAAAUAAAACUCUUCAUAGUAUUCUUACAUCAACAUCAACAGUUAAAACUCCUACAACACCUGUCUUUCUUUCUCCUCCUUCAUCAUCAUCAUCAUCUUCAUCAUCAUUAAGUACAACAACAACAACAAAUCUUCAUAUUGAUUGUAAUAUGAAAACUGAAACAUCAAAUAAUCCUUAUACAACAGCUAUUACAAGAGCUUUUGAUAAUUUAGCUAAAGCUGCAGCACAUACUCGAUUGAAUACAAAUAAUAUUCCUGUUGUACCGAUGCAACAACAAUAUCUUUUUAAUGAAAAAUAUUAUUGGGAACAUAUUGAACGUCCAUUAGUUACUGAUGUAACUAGUAUAUUUACAAUAACACCUCCAACUCCUCCUGCAAAUCGUGAUUCACAACCAACAAAUAGUUUUAUUUGUGAAACAGCAUCACGUAUUCUUUUUCAAUCAAUUGAUUGGAUUAAAAGUAAUUCUUGUUUUCAAACAUUUGAUACACAAAUACAAAUAAUUCUCGUACAAAAUAAUUGGUUAUCAUUAUUUAUUCUUAGUCUUCUUCAAUGUUCAUCUAUUGUUAAUCUAUCGAAUAUUUUAACAUCAUUACUUACUAAAAAAUUAGAUAAUUAUGAAUCAAAUAAAUAUCAUCAAUUACGACGUAUUCAAUCACUUUUAUAUGAAUUUGAUCGUCUACAAGUAACAUCUAUGGAAUAUGCAUAUUUAAAAUUAAUUUUAAUUUUUAAUCCAAGUCAUAGUAAUGAAUUUAGUCAAUCAUAUGAUCAAAUUGAUGCAUAUCGUAUAUUAAUAUAUAAAGAAUUACGUGAUUAUUUAAAUGAUCGAUUAUUAUCAACAUCAUAUGAUGAUUUACGAUUAGGUAGACUUUUACUUAAAUUAUCAUCAUUAUCGGAAAUUGAUACAAAUAUAAUUGAAGAAAUUUUUUUUGUUGGUUUAAUAGGUUCAGUACAAAUCUCUAAAAUCAUUCCAUGUAUUUUUAAAAUGAAUGUUGCAUCAUCAUCAUCAUCAGCGUCAUCAAUAAUAAAAUAUGAAAAAACCGAUCAACAAUCACUUGUCUCGUCAUCAUUAUAG